AUGCCAGCCUCGUUGUCGGCCUCCUCGGCAAACGAGAAGACGGCAGAGCUGUACAAGACGAGACGGCUCCUCGUCUACGACUACUGGGUCCUCGGCAUCGUCAGCACCUACGCCUGGGGAUGUCCUACUUCGCAAUACCCGCUGCCUCAGUUCCGCGCCAACGUCGGCAAGAACCAUCUUGACAUUGGCAUCGGAACGGGCUACUACCUCCGCAAGGGCCGCCUCCCGGCGACAACAAGGGUCACCCUUGUGGAUAUCGAAAAGACGGCUCUGGAGUUUGGCCUGAAGCGAUGCGGGCGGUCGGACGCGCGUGGCAUCGUGGCUGAUAUUUUGAAGCCCCUCCCCGUGGAUGACAAGUUCGACUCCGUCUCCAUGUACUAUCUUCUGCACUGCAUCCCUGCCACGGUGGAGGACAAGUGCGGCAUCUUUUCGCACAUCAGGAACAACAUGACUUCCGACGGCGUCAUCCACGGAGCCACCGUGGUGGCAAGGGGGGUGCGGAAGGACGGCCGGUUUGCGGCUCACAUGCGGCGAAAGGUUGUCGAGGCGGGUAUUUUCCAGAACGCGGACGACAAUCCGUACGACUUUGAGCAUGCCCUGAGACGAAACUUUCACCAGGUCGAGGUCCGGGUCGUUGGGGCCGUGUUCCUGUUUCGCGCUGCGAAGCCCAAGUCUGACAAUGCCGAGUGA